UCUUCCCUUCCCUUCCCUUAAAUGCAUGCAUUGAAUUAGUUAGGCUAAGACUUACACGUACAAAGCUACAGACAAGACUUCCAUUGUUUGCAAAUACAACUGAGUUGAAUUAAUCUCAAAGCCAACGGCCCAACAAGAAGAGGAAAUACAAAAUCAAAAUGGGGAAGAAUGAGGUGAUUCGGUUAGAGCGUGAAUCCGCCAUUCAAGUUCUCAAGCCCAAACUCAUCAUGACCUUGGCUAACCUCAUCGAGGAAAGUUCUGAUCGUGCUGAGUUUCUCAAGCUCUGCAAGAGAGUCGAGUACACAAUUCGGGCUUGGUAUCUUCUUCAAUUUGAGGAUUUGAUGCAACUAUACUCCCUGUUUGAUCCUGUCCAUGGGAGUCAGAAAUUGGAGCAGCAGAAGCUUUCUCCUCAAGAAGUUGAUGUACUUGAACAGAACUUCCUCAAGUACUUGUUUCAGGUGAUGGAAAAGAGUAAUUUCAAGAUUGCAACUAAUGAAGAAGUUGAGGUUGCGCAGUCGGGGCAGUAUCUUCUAAAUCUUCCCAUCGUUGUUGAUGAAUCUAAGCUUGACAAUAAACUUUUGAGGAAAUACUUUGACAAGCAUCCUUGCCCAAACAUUCCAGAUUUUGCUGAUAAGUACGUCAUCUUCCGACGUGGCAUUGGACUUGAUAAGACGGCAGAUUACUUUAUCAUGGAGAAAGUGGACAUUAUCAUUGCACGUUGCUGGAAAUAUCUUUUACGACUAACCAAGAUGGACAAGUUCUUUUCGAAGAAGAAAAAGGCACAGCGCAAGAAGAAGAAUAUUAGCCUCCUUGACGAAGAGGACUUGUUUGUUGAACGAAUCCGUCUUGAAAAAAUGGAACUGAGCAUUCAAAAUUUGCUGUGCAAAAACACAAUCCAAGAGCCAACUUUUGAUAGGAUUAUUGUUGUUUACAGGCGAGCAAGUGCCGAAGAUAAUGCAGAGCGGGGAAUAUAUGUUAAACAUUUCAAAAACAUUCCAAUGGCUGAUAUGGAGAUUGUUCUUCCUGAGAAGAAGAACCCGGGAUUAACUCCAAUGGAUUGGCUCACGUUCGUUGGCUCUGCUGUAGUAGGGCUGGUUGCAGUUAUUACUUCGAUUGAAAUGCCUAAAAUUGAUGUUUGGGUCAUGUUUGCGAUUAUUUCCACUGUGAUUGGUUACUUUGCUAAGACAUACUUCAGUUAUCAGCAGAACUUGGCUCAGUAUCAGAACUUGAUAACACAGUCCAUGUACGAAAAACAAUUGGAUAGCGGACGGGGUACUCUCCUUCACUUGUGCGAUGAUGUGAUUCAACAGGAAGUGAAGGAGGUGAUAAUUGCUUUUUACAUACUAAUGGAACAAGGGAAAGCUACCGCACUAGAUCUGGAUAAGUGGUGUGAGGAACUAAUCAAAGAACAGUUUAACGACGACUGUAAUUUUGAUGUGGACGAUGCAGUUCAGAAGUUGGAGAAAUUGGGAAUUGUAACUCGGGAUACCCUUGGACGAUAUAACUGCGUAGGGCUGAAACGUGCGAACGAGAUCAUUGGCACCACCACAGAGGAGGUUGUUCUUAAGGCAAAACAAGACUUCACGGCCAAUGCUUGAUAUUUUGUGCUGCUGACAACUCAAAACUCACAAGUGUUUGUCAUCUUUUAACUCCAUUAAAUUUGUUUCCUUGUUUGGAAUUCCUAGUCACAGUUUGUUAAUAAUAAAUGGCAUACUGUCCUAGAUCAUCAUUUCUUUUCUUUAAAAUACUUUUUGGUUCAAGUAAAAACUAAAUAUAAAGGGCAUGUUGAGAGGUGGUGUUAAUAAUAA